AUGGUGGCAGCUGCGAUUUACUCCAAAGUUUACGAUAUGGAAGUUGCUCUGACUAGCCCCGAGAUUUCUCUUCGCGUCGAGGAUGCCAUCAGACACAUCCUUCAGCCGGCCACAAUCAGUGUGAAGAUGAUUGAUGAGGACCCCGAGGAAGAGACUUCAAGGUCAGCUCAAUGUGAAGUUGGGACCGGAACAGGCCGCUGA